AUGCCCGGCUCAAAAAAAGCAAGAACGCUCAAGAGUGACGCUUUAGCAGCAGCAAAAAAGCAGUCGCGACCAAACCAGAAACCAUCACAAGUGGAGCAGCAUUACGAAGAUGAUUCGGCAGGGUACACGUCCGAUCCAGAACUACUCGCUGAGGCUGAAUAUGCACGUCAACAGAGUCAAUCGUUGCCAGAACCAGUUUCAGUGUUAGAUGCCAUCAAACGAGAAGAGAACACUUCGAUAAGAGUAACCGAAAGUCAAACGAGAGUGUCCGAAUCGACUACGCAUGCAUUUAGACAACAGCAAGCGCGUGCUGCUAGAAAAGCUCGUGGAAGAGGUGUUUCGGGUGAAAUGUCGAAGAAAGGCAACAUGAGAAUGAAAGGACGUUGGGUAGAUGAUCUAAUGGAUGACUAUGAUGAAGAAGACGGCGAGUAUUAUGAUGAGGAAGAGGAACAAGACGAAGAGUUUGGACAGUCUGCAUCUUAUUAUGAAACUACGCACGGUCUUUCAAAUGACACACAAAAUGUGGAACGCCAAGCACCUGAUGCGCAAUCAGAUACUGCAAACGAUACGACAAACAAUGUGAAAAGUUUGGUUGAACCGUUCGAGCAAAUAUCGAUUCAAAACGAUACAAAAAAACAAGCAACAAGUGCACAAGUGAACGAGGAGAAGAAGGAGCAAAAUGUUGAUGAUGAUAAAAAUGAGGAUGAUAAAGGCAAAAAGGAUGGCGCGAGAAAAUAUGAUGACAGUGAUAAAGGGGAAAAAAAGAGGAAUGAUGGAAACGAUCCGGAAUGGGGAGAAUUUUAG